AUGACCCUCUUAGUCAAAAUGGCGUUGCUAGAAUUGGGAGGCUGCAGUUAGUUCACAUCCAUUUAACGUUUAUAUUAUUUAGGGAGCAAUAAACACGGUAUCCACGGACACUAUGGCGAGUCUGGACCAGAAAUCUCCCAAUGUUCUGUUGCAGAGCCUGUGCUGUAGGAUCACAGGGAAAAGCGAAGCGGAAGUGGCGCAUCAGUUUCAGUAUGCCGUGCGAGUCAUUGGCAGCAACUAUGCCCCCACCAUUGAGCGAGACGAGUUCCUGGUGUCAGAGAAGAUCAAGAAGGAAAUGUUGCGGCAGAGGAGAGAAGCAGAUGCCGCUCUUUUCUCAGAGCUGCACAGAAAGCUUCAGACGCAGGGUAUCCUUAAGCACCGCUGGUCAGUUCUGUAUCUGCUGCUCAGCCUCUCUGAAGACCCCCGCAAACCUUCCGGCAGGGUUGGGAACUAUGGGGCACUUUUUGCCCAGGCCCUCCCCAGGGACGCCCACUCUACCCCAUUCUACUGCACCCGACCCCAGAGCUUGGCCCUGGGCUAUGGGGAACGGAGCGCUGCUUUGACUGGAAGCGUUGGGACCAGUGGAAUUUCCAGCCUAGGAGUCUACACCUUAAAUGGUCCCACUCCGACGCCGCAGUCACUGCUGGCUGGUCAACCCCCCCAGUCUGCAGCUGCAGGCACUCAGUCUCUGGGCUCACGGUUAGCCUGGACUCUACCCAUUAGCUCCUCCCCUUCUACCAUCAUGGCUCCGCCCACGACCAGACCAUCCCUUUGUCCACAAGUGCCAACCACCAGAGCGGUCCGUCCUCACAGAGACGGAGAUCAAGCCAGUGAGGUAAGCGAAGCAGCGUUGGUUCGGGACAUCCUCUUCGUCUUCCAGGGAAUCGAUGGCAAGUUCGUCAAGAUGAACGCCCAGGAUAACUGCUACAAAAUAGACAACAAAGUGGUGGUAUGCAAGUCCCUCAGAGACAUCAGCAGCAGACUGGCUGAACUUGGCUGGCUCCACAACAAAGUCAGGAAGUACACCGACGCCAGAACCCUCGACCGAGCCUUUGGAUUGGUGGGACAGAGCUUCUGUGCAUCGCUUCAUCAGGAGCUGAAGGAAUACUACAGGCUCCUCUCUGUCCUCCACUCGCAGUUGCAGGUAGAGGAUGAGCAGGGUGUGAACAUGUGCACAGAGAGCAGCUUAACCCUGAGAAGGCUUCUGGUCUGGAUGUACGACCCAAAGGUGCGACUGAAAACGCUGGCUGCCCUCGUCGACUUCUGCCAAGGUCGUAAAGGAGGCGAACUGGCCUCUGCGGUUCAUGCCUACGGAAAGACAGGAGACCCGCAGAUGAGAGCGCUGGUCCAGCACAUCCUCAGCCUGGUGUCUCACCCCAUCCUCAACUUCCUCUACAGAUGGAUAUAUGAUGGCGAGUUAGAGGACACUUACCACGAGUUCUUUGUAGCAUCAGACCCCAAUGUCAAAACUGAUCGCCUAUGGCAUGACAAGUACUCCCUCAGGAAGUCAAUGAUCCCCUCGUUCAUCACCAUGGACCAGGCUCGUAAGGUUCUGCUGAUUGGCAAAUCCAUCAACUUUCUGCAUCAGGUUUGUCACGACAGAACGCCUCCGGGCAAAAUCACACCAGCGUCCAAACCUGCCGACACGCCGAAAGAUGCUGCAGAACUGCUGUCUGACCUGGAAGGAGCUUUUCAGGAGAAAAUCGAUGCGGCCUACUUCGACACCAGCAAGUACCUGCUGGACGUCCUCAACCGUAACUACCUGCUGUUGGAGCACCUGCAGGCCAUGAGGAGAUACCUGCUGCUGGGCCAGGGAGACUUCAUCAGACACCUCAUGGAUCUGCUAAAACCCGAGCUUGCCCGUCCUGCUACUACGUUAUACCAACAUAACCUAACUGGUAUCUUAGAGACGGCUGUCAGGGCCACCAACGCUCAGUUUGACAAUGCAGAGAUCCUAAAGAGGCUUGAUGUUCGCCUCCUGGAGGUUUCUCCUGGGGACACAGGCUGGGAUGUCUUCAGUCUCGAUUACCAUGUUGAUGGACCCAUUGCAACAGUGUUUACCAGAGAGUGUAUGGGUCACUACCUCCGUGUGUUUAACUUCCUGUGGAGGGCCAAGAGAAUGGAGUACACACUGACAGACAUCUGGAAGGGACAGAUGUGUAACGCCAAGCUGCUCAAAACAAUGCCAGAGCUAUCUGGUGUGCUGCACCAAUGUCACAUCCUGGCCUCUGAAAUGGUUCACUUCAUCCACCAAAUGCAGUACUACAUCACCUUCGAGGUGCUGGAGUGCCUGUGGGACGAGCUGUGGAACAAACUGCAGCAGGCCCAGGACCUCGACCACAUCAUCGCCGCCCACGACGUCUUCCUGGACACCAUCAUCUCCAGAUGCCUGCUGGACAAUAACAGCAGGUCCCUUUUGAACCAACUGAGGGCCAUAUUUGACCAAAUUAUCGAGUUUCAAAAUGCCCAGGACUCUCUUUACCGUUCAGCUCUGGAGGAGCUCGCCCUGCGGCUACAGUUUGAGGAAAAGAAGCAGCAGAGGGAAGAGGAGGGUGAGUGGGGAGUAACCGCAGAGCAGGAGGCAGCCGAAAAAAGGAGGAUUCAGGAAUUCCAGGAAACCAUACCAAAGAUGCAAUCCGAGCUUCGAAUCCUUACCCACUUCUACCAGAGCAUCGUCCAGCAGUUCCUCGUGUUGCUGAUGACAAGUCCGGAUGAGAGUCUCCGCUUCCUCAGUUUCAGACUGGACUUCAACGAGCACUACAGAGGAACCAGGAGUCAGGGCCAGAGAGCCAAGGCUGCGAGCUUCGCUGGGAACCACCAGAGGGCGACGUGUGUCAAACAUCUGACAUGACUGAGGCAGCCCAGGCAGACGACGCACUAAGUGCCACCUUACAGCGUCG